AUGGCGCGUUCGAAGCAGGCCACGCCUAUCCGACGACAGACUUCGUCCGAGUACUUCUCUAAACAAGAUGUCCUCUCACGCACGCCUAGUAACGGCGCUCCAACAAAGGCCAACGGCAAGACGGCCGCCGCUGCGCCUGCGUACGCUGAGACUAAGGAAGCUGGCGCAUUGCAGAUCUUGAUUGCCGUAGGCGGCAUCUACGCCUCAUUCCUGACAUGGGCGUACCUGCAAGAAAAGCUCACGACGACGCCCUAUGGCCCAGCCUCGAAGCCGGAAGUCUUCAAGUAUCCCGUCUUCCUUAACACCAUCCAGUCUCUGUUCGCCGCGACCACGGGUCUGUUAUACCUAUUCUACAGUUCCCGAAACGCCGCCUCCAUCCCACCUGUCUUCCCCUCUCGCAAAAUCUUCUGGCCUCUGGCCCUAGUCGCAGUCACAUCCUCCCUCGCCUCUCCUUUCGGAUAUGCGAGUCUGAGCCACAUCGACUAUAUAACCUUCCUCCUCGCCAAGUCAUGCAAGCUGGUGCCUGUGAUGCUACUCCACACGACACUGUUUGGCAAGCGAUAUCCUCUGUACAAAUAUCUCGUUGUGGCGGGUGUCACUGCUGGUGUCGCAGUGUUCACGCUGCAUUCCGGAAGCAAGAAGAAGAAGUCUGUAGUCAACCCGGAUGCGAACAUGCCGUGGGGCAUGCUGUUGCUGUCCAUCAACCUGCUCUUCGACGGUCUCACCAAUAGCACCCAGGACUACAUCUUCAGCACGUUCAAGGGCUACACCGGGCCGCAGAUGAUGUGCGCCAACAACCUCAUGAGCACCGCCGUCACGCUCGGAUAUCUCCUCCUGAGCCCCUGGUUGGUGCACACUGGACUGGGUGAAUAUCUUGGUAUGGACGUUGCAGGCAACGCUGGGGAGCUGAAGGCCGCACUCGGAUUCAUGGCGAGAUACCCUGCGGUCUGGUGGGAUGUGCUAGGCUUUGCCGCGUGCGGUGCUGUAGGACAGGUCUUCAUCUUCUACACCCUUUCUACUUUCUCUUCCGUUCUCCUCGUUACAGUCACUGUCACCCGCAAGAUGGUCACAAUGGCCCUUUCCGUCUUCGCCUUCGGCCACAGCCUUUCCAACAUGCAGUGGCUCGGCGUGUCUCUUGUCUUUGGUGCCAUCGGUGCGGAAGCCCGCAUUGCGACCAAGGAGAAGCAGGCCAAGGAAGCCGCGAAGCGUGCCGCCGCCGCCGGUAAGACGCAGUAG